UUACAGGGUGUUCAGCGUCUUAUCGACAAUAUGGAUACAGGCAAUACAUUGUUUCCCAUCACAACAACAUACGAGGGCAGCCUGGAUUGCAUUGAAAGAAUAUUGAAGGAGGAAGGCUACCAUGGAUAUUACAAAGGGUUGGGUGCCUUAAUAUUGCAGCAUACUACAAUGCUUGUUCUGGUUCUUUACGCUGAUUAUCUGGGACACAAGUAUCCGAGGUUCUUCUAUAAAUUUCGACACAUGUUCCGUAACAGAACUUGGGAGCAAAUAGAAAAGGAAACGGAGGAGGAAGAAAAGAGGAGACAGGAGGAGUUGGAGAAGGAGAUGCGGCCCAAGAAUAACGCGCUUUUCUUCCCCAGGGAGAUCAGGAUGUUCAUGAGCGACGGUCAAACCGAAUGCUGGGAAGCAUACCAAUAUCCACCAUACCAGUUUUAUUAUUAA